AGGAGUGUUUUCCAGUUAUAGCUCCAAUCGGCGAAGUCAUAAUCGUCUCUCAUCCGUGAGAUUACACUUCCGACCGAAUCAAUGGCUGCGAUCUUCGCUCGCAACUCUCUCAAUGCCCUCCGAGCUCGACAUCUCGUUUUGUCAGGGAAAGCGUUGCAGGGUUCACAACACUAUGGAUCUCGACUCGGUGCACACUCCUACAGCACCAAUAAAGAUGAUGAAGAAAGGGAGCAGCUUGCAAAGGAGAUUUCAAAGGACUGGAGUUCUGUUUUUGAGCGAAGCAUAAACACAUUGUUUCUAACUGAAAUGGUCCGGGGUCUCAGUCUGACACUCAAGUACUUCUUUGAGAAAAAAGUUACUAUUAACUAUCCAUUUGAGAAGGGUCCAUUGAGCCCUCGUUUUCGAGGGGAGCAUGCUCUCCGCCGAUACCCAACCGGAGAGGAGCGUUGCAUUGCUUGUAAACUUUGUGAAGCUGUAUGCCCAGCACUGGCUAUCACAAUAGAGGCUGAAGAACGAGAGGAUGGAAGUCGUCGGACAACAAGGUAUGACAUUGAUAUGACCAAGUGUAUCUACUGCGGACUUUGCCAAGAGGCAUGCCCUGUCGAUGCAAUUGUUGAAGGACCCAACUUUGAGUUCGCCACCGAGACUCACGAGGAACUUCUGUAUGACAAAGAGAAGCUGCUCGAGAACGGUGACCGAUGGGAAACCGAGAUCGCAGAGAAUCUCAGAUCCGAAAGCCUUUAUCGUUGAUGUGCCCCUCUACUUUCCUUUCUUGCCCAGACAGCAACUUCUGUUUUCGUAGUUGUCGAAAAAUAAAAGGAUACAUGCAUGUUUCUUGCGAUGUCAUGUACCAUGGUUUGUAAGCAUUUACAAUGUGUAAAUCCAUCCUAUGAAUUAUUUCGUUUUAACUA